CUUGUCACCCAUCGGAGGCUGAGUACUGAACGUUAAACGAGCACAGCUCAACCAUUACCGGUAUUACUAUCGUGACUGCAUACUCAGGGAAGUCACUCUUAGAGUCUCCUGCUUGAGGUCCGAGUCCGACAAUCGACUACAGACUUUUGAAGAGCGUCUAGAUUUCUAGCAUCUAUGACAAGUACAGACAGAAAAUAUUGGCUUAUGAAAGCCGAGCCAGAUUCUCGUGUAGUGAAGGGCAAAGAUGUCAAGUUCAGCGUGGAUGAUUUUGAAGCUGCAAGGACGACGCCGUGGGAAGGAGUGCGGAACUUCGAAGCGCGUAACCUGAUGAAGGAAAUGUCCAUUGGAGACAAGAUAUUAUUCUAUCAUUCGAACUGUAAAAGUCCUGGCAUCGCUGGGUUUGCUGAGGUGUCGAAGGAAGCGUACCCCGAUUGUAUUUCUCACCCCUACUUCGAUCCGAAAACUAAACGAGAUGAUCCGAAGUGGUUUAUGAUAGAUGCCACAUUCCUCUCUCGCGCUGAACAUUUUGUCCCGCUGUCCCUCCUCCGUCACAUUGCAGAAUCGGCGGAAUCGGACCCACCAGAUGAAUUUGCGUAUAUAGGCACGGAUGGAGUGAAAGCUGUGAAAGCGAUGCCCCUGGUCACACGUGGACGUUUGAGCGUUCAGCGGAUGAUGUCAGAAAAAGGUGGUUGGGAGGUGAUGUCAUUCGGGAAGAAAAAACCAAGUACAUCAAAACGCCCGAGACAAGCUGCUACGAAGAAUUCUAGGGCAAAGACAAAUCCAACGAACGACAACGGUGGUAGCGAAGUCAAGGCAAAAGUUGAUGCGAGUGAAGAACCCGAUGUAAAACCAAAGAAAGGCAAGAAAAGGAAGGCAUCUGAUGUUGAUGUUGGAACCCAGGAGGUACCUCACCGACGCUCCGUUCGGACUAGGAAGGAGGAUUGAUAGAUGUCUACGAUUAUGCUGUACUUGUCACUUUGGUCUUUGCUGUAGAUCAGCUGCGGGCACAGCGAGGUACAGUCCUCUGUCAAUUCUAUUGUUUGCCUUGUCGGCGCGCUAUUGUGCCAGCGGCGCCAUUUAUGCUAUUCA